AUGAAGCUAUUUCUGCUGUUUAAGUCCUUAAUCCUGGCAGCAUGGACUCAGUCACUAGCUCACAGUGAUAAUGGCACAGACACUCAGAAAACAGAUUCAAAUGAAUCAGACUCACACCGAACUGACACACACCGCAUCAGCAGUGGCCUAAUGCAGUGUGGCGAAUAUAGCAACGAGGUGAUGCCCAAUGGACAGUGUCGCUUGAUGGCCACGUUGCCACAGCUAGAAGAGCAGAGGUGUCCUGACAUGUUUCGCUGCACAGACGAGGUGUCGUAUUGGCUGCAUGAGAAUGAAGAGCGUAAACAGCAAAUGCAAGACCUGAAGGAGACCAUCUCAGAGCUUCAGGAAGAGCUACGGAAUCACAGGCACCGCAUCAAAGUUCUGGAGUUACAGAAUGAAGAGAAGAACAGUCAGAACUCUUCAUUGGAACAGCGAUUCCAUGCUUUGGAGCAAAUCUAUGAAGAAGCCAACACACUGUUGCACAUUCAUGGUUCUCUCAUCUAUGACAUGCAGACACAGAUCCGAAACCUCACCAUGUCUGUGGAGCGUGUUCGACGCAACCCUGGCUGCAUGAUCAACAUCGUCCGCACAAGUCCACUCCUCAAUGCACAAGAAACCCUGCAUCCAGAGGUUCAGCAUAUACGAAACUGCCCAAUCGACUGUGCUUCCUUGUACUACAAUGGAGUCCACAGAUCUGGGAUUUUUACUGUUGUACCUUCACUAGGAUCAACACCUGUUGAGGUCUACUGUGACAUGGAGACUGAUGGUGGUGGCUGGACCAUGUUCCAGCGUCGACAGGACGGCAAGGUUAAUUUCAAUCGCAAGUGGACAGAAUACAGAGAUGGCUUUGGAGACCUGAAUGGUGAAUUCUGGUUGGGGAAUGACCACAUUCAUGACAUUUCUAGCCAGGGGGAUUACUGCUUACGCAUCAACCUGGAAGACUGGAAUGGCAAACACAAACAUGCUCUCUACCAAAGUUUCAGGAUUGAGGAUGAGGAGAACCAAUAUCGCCUCCAUGUAUCUGGGUUUAGUGGAACAGUGGAGGACUCGUUCAGCUGGUACCAUGACAAGCAGAGCUUCAGUACACCUGAUACAGGCAACAUCUGUGCUGAGAUCUCCCAUGGAGGAUGGUGGUACCACCAGUGCUUCUUUGCUAACCUGAAUGGCGUGUAUUAUAAGGGGGGGCGUUACUCUGCCAAAGGGAAGAAUCUUUUAGGACCAGAUGGCAUUGUGUGGUACACCUGGAAGGAUUCGGAUUACUACUCACUGAAGAAAGUGAGCAUGAUGAUCCGCCCACGGACCUUCAAGCCCCGUCCUUCUCCUUGACAACUGACGUUGCUCAAGACAUCAUGGAAACUCAACCUGUGAUGAUGUCAAUAGAGAAUAUUGAUUCUGCAUGGCUGGAUGGAAACAUC